UUUAAAAGUGUGUCUCCAUUCACCCUGGAGGAUGGAUGACGUGGGUUAAAGGAGGGCGUAAGGGCGGUGUCUUGGGGGAGCAUUUAAUUACAAACACACACACACUCUCUCACUCGAGGAGGCGCGAGGAACCCGUUUGAUUCCCACACAGUUCGGGGAGAAAGUUUGAGCGUGCUGAAGAGCUGACCAAGCCCGGCUUCUAACACAGCUAUGCAGAUGCAGGAGUGGUUGCGUUCCCUUCGUCCCAGUGGUGAUGGAGUAGGGAAGUCAGAAGUGUUGGAUAUUCGAAGCCUCCUUCCCUCUCUCCCCUCCUCCUUCUCUUUCUCCUCCCUGUCCCUCUCUUCGCCAUCUCUCAUAGGGCUGGGAGCAGUGGCGUCCCUCACAGUGUACUGGCUGGUCACUCGGCCACGCCCCAUACGACCCCCCUGUGACCUGCAAGCGCAGUCCGUACCUGUUCAGGGAGACUCUUGCUGUAGGCGUUCUGCUUUGCUGAAGGAUGACAAUCUGCUGGACUUUUACCAUGAAGACACAAAGACAGUGUACGACGUGUUCCAGAGAGGCUUGAGAAUAGCAGGAGAAGGACCGUGCCUUGGCUUCAGGAAACCAGGAGAGCCUUACCAGUGGAUCUCCUACAAAGAGGUGGCAGAGAGGGCCCAGGUGCUGGGAUCCGGUUUGCUGGCGAAAAGAUGCCUAAUCCAACCUAAUUCAAAUCAAUUUGUGGGCAUCUUUGCUCAGAACAGGGCAGAGUGGACUAUUGCAGAGCUGGCCUGCUACACGUUCUCUAUGGCUGUAGUGCCUCUGUAUGACACACUAGGCCUGGAGGCCAUAGUGCACAUUCUCAAACUGGCUGAAAUCUCUCUGGUGAUCUGUGAUCAGGAGGAGAAGGCGGCGUGUCUGAUGGGGAAUAAGGAGAAGGGACUGACCCCUGCUCUGUCCUGCCUGGUGCUCUUUAACCCUGUCAGCACGGCUCUGGUGGAGCGCGGGAAGAACUGUGGCGUGGAGGUUCUGCACCUUUCACAGAUCAUGGAUCUGGGCAGAGAAAACCUCAAGGCUCCGGUGCCUCCUCAGCCUCAGGACCUGGCAGUGGUUUGUUUCACCAGUGGGACAACAGGAAAGCCAAAAGGAGUCAUGAUCACCCACGGCAACAUUGCCUCCAAUGUAUCCUCCGUAAUUAAGAUCUUAGAGGGCUUUUUUGUGAUUCGCCAAGAGGAUGUGUCAGUCUCAUACCUGCCCCUGGCUCAUAUGUUUGAACGCAUGAUUCAGGUGACCAUGUUCUGCCACGGAGCGAGAGUGGGCUUCUACCAGGGAGACAUCUCUCUGUUAAUGGAUGACAUCAAGACCCUGAAGCCCACCUUCUUCCCAGUGGUGCCACGCAUAAUCAACCGCAUCUAUGACAAGAUCCUGGGAUCAGUGACGUCUCCGUUGCGGAGGGCCAUCCUGCACUACGCUGUGAGGAGGAAACAGGCUGAGCUGAGCAGCGGAAUAGUCAGAAACAACAGUGUGUGGGACAGACUCGUCUUCAACAAGAUACAGGCCAGUCUUGGGGGGAAUGUACGGUUCAUCCUGACUGCGUCUGCUCCGAUCUCCCCCACUGUCCUCUCCUUCCUCAGAGCCGCGCUGGGCUGCCUGAUUUUUGAAGGCUAUGGUCAGACCGAGUGCACGGCUGGCUGUACCUUCUCUAUGCCUGGAGACUGGAGCGCAGGCCAUGUUGGAGCUCCUCUUCCCUGUGCCAGGGUGAAACUGACCGACAUUCCAGACAUGAACUACUACGCCAAAAAUGGAAAGGGAGAGAUCUGUGUUCAGGGACCCAGUGUGUUUCAGGGUUACCUGCACGAUCAGGAGAGGACGGCAGAGGCUCUGGACAGUGAGGGCUGGCUGCACACUGGAGAUGUGGGACAGUGGUUGCCGAACGGGACUCUGCAAAUCAUAGACAGGAAAAAGCACAUCUUUAAACUGUCCCAGGGAGAAUACAUCGCUCCCGAGAAGAUCGAGAACGUCUACAUGCGCUGUGUACCUGUGCUGCAGGUGUUUGUGCAUGGAGAGCAUUUACAGUCUUAUCUGAUAGGUAUUGUGGUCCCAGACCCAGAGGUGUUCGUUGGCUGGGUCAAAGGGAAAGGAAUUGUGGGAUCUUAUGAGGAGCUCUGUCAGAAUCCUGACGUGAAGAAAGCAGUGCUUGAGGACAUGACAGCAGUGGGGAAAGAGGCAGGUCUGAAGUCAUUUGAGCAGGUUAAGGACUUGUAUCUGCACCCUGAGAUGUUCAGUGUGAGUAACGGUCUUCUCACCCCCACCCUGAAGAGCAGACGAGUGGAGCUGUGCAAAGUCUUCAGCGAACAGAUUCAACGGAUGUACAGCAAAGCGGAUUAGAGAGCCGGUACAGAACUUCACUAUUAACCUUUUAGCUAAGUUAACAGUCGACUUCCUGCUGAACUUGGAAUCGGUAUGAAAACAAAUUAUGGCUCAUAAGCUGUUGAACAAAGACCUCGGGGGACAUGCGUGGUCAGUGAACUGUGGCUGUUAAACUAUUUACACAUUCAGAAGCAUCCAUUCAUAGACGGUUGUCAUCAAUAAAUAAACACCUGGUGGGUUGACAGAUGAAACUCUGACUUUCUUGGCAAAUAUUCCCUAAAGUGUGGAACUACAUCUGGUAAAGAUGGAAAUUCUAAUCUUUAACCCCUAGAAGAUGGUUAAUGUCAGUUAUAACAAAAGCAUGUUAUGAGUUUGUCCAUUAUUUCUCUGUUGUAUCUUAUUGAAACAAGAGAAAUUGUCAAAACACAGAUUUUAAACUUUGUUGAUCCCGAAUUUGUAAGUAGAAGCUGAAAUAUUUUUGUGACAUGAAUUUAAUGAAAACAUGUUUAUAGUUUUGUUUUGCAGGUGGAAAAAACAUCCUUUACAUUUUUUACCACAUUUUUCUUGAAACUGAAACUAAUAGAAAACUGUCUGUGUAAAUUCAGCCUUAAUUUUAAUUUUGUGACUGUGUAAUUUCAUGUAAUUAUAUAAUUACAAGUAAACAGUACAGCAAAAUGACCAUAGACUUCAAAGAAUGUAGACUUCAAUGAAUGGAUUUGUUCACCAGAUAUGAUGAAAGCAAGCUGUAGUUUUAUAUGAAUGAUUUCCCACUCGCAGCUUGUUGAAGCAGGUAGCGAAACUUUCAGUAUCACGUUUUAAGUAGGAGAUUUUAUUAUGGUUUGAAUGACCUAGUUUUUUUGUUGUGUACAGUCUUUUUCUGGGAGGAAAAAACAUUUUGCCAAGUUUUUUCUUGAAUGCUAUGUGCCUGUAAUUCCUUAUGCAGUUACUUAUUUACAUGUGAAUAGUAUAGCAAAACAGUAAGAACGUCAACGGGUUGAUAUGUUUGUGAAACAUUGUGCUGCUGUUAGAAAAUCUCAAUUAUCAUUUUUAAGUCCUUCACAUAAUUUGAAAAUGCCUACCCUUUACAUUGUGUGUAAAUUUCAUAAUGAAUGGACCAAAAGAAACGUUCCAAGUUACAUGGAAAAAAUUCUGGUUCAACUGACUUACAUCAAAAGUAAGUUUUUUCCUUCUCUUGUAAACGGUACCAUUUUGGAUAGAUGAGGUUUUGUCCAGACAUCAGCGAUUGUUUUUCAUUCAUCUUCCAAGCUGCUUGUUCUCCUGGGUUGCAGGGGUGUUAAGAGCCCCAGCGCUCACUGGACAGAAGGCAAAAACACUCAGGCACAGCCACUCCAUCCCAAAUUUGUGAAACAUCAUUUUGAACUUUAUCCUGCUUCGCUUUUGUGUUCAGCCAUCAUUACUUGCACUAAGGUCCUUCAGGCAGAAUUGAAUAAGACAUUGAGUAAUGUUGUUACAACUCUGUCCACCGGAUGUUUCCAGUAGGCAUAUGACAGUCAACUUUAGGUAGCUUUCACUAAUAUUUUGCGUUCACAUUGCAUAUGUUUUCAUUUUUCGUUUGUUUUUGAACAAAAAGGUCAGUUUCUCUAGUUUUAUCAAAGGGUAUUACAAAGUGAGUUUGCCUUAUGUGUAAUUUAUACAGUGUGUAUUAUAAGCAUGAACUGUAAAUGUGCAUGUUUUAAGCUGUACAUAAACCAGCAGAUAAUGCACUAUUACACAAACUGCAUUCAAGGUAGUGAUGAAUAAAGAUAAUAAAACAUCUGUGCAUUUUAA